AAGGAGCGGAGCGGACGCCGGGGCCAUGAGGCUGCGCAUCUACAAGCGCAAAGUGCUGGCGCUGCUGCUGGCCUUGGGCGCCGCCGCCUGCGCCCUGGUGCUGUGGGGCGGCGCGGGCGAGGGAGCCGGAGGAGCAGGCGGCGGCGGCGGCGGCGGCAAGCGCGAGGAGUCUCCGCCGCCGCCGCCGCCCCCGGGAGACCAGCCGCUGCCGCCGGCCGUGGCCAGUAGCAGCAGCAGCAGCAGCAGCAGCCGGCUGCCCAACGCGUCGCUGCCCGGGCCCGCGGGCGAAGAGGCGGCGGCGGCGGCGGCGGCGGCGGGGAGCCCGAACCGGACGCUGCACUACCGCUCGCUGGUGUACCGGCUGAACUUCGACCAGCCGGUGCGGCACGAGGCGCGCUGGCGGCCGGGCGGGGAGGCGGCGCUGGCGCUGGUGGUGCAGGUGCACGAGCGCGCCGAGCACCUGGCGCAGCUGCUGGCCUCGCUGCGGCGCGCGCCCGGCGUGGAGAAGGUGCUGCUGGUGCUCAGCCACGACGUGUGGUCGGCCGAGCUGAACGCGCUGGCCGCCUCGGUGGACUUCUGCGCCGUGCUGCAGGUCUUCUUCCCCUUCAGCCUGCAGCUGUACCCGGGCGAGUUCCCGGGCACCGACCCCCGCGACUGCCCCCGCGACGUGGGCCAGGCCGAGGCCCGGCGCCGGGGCUGCCUCAACGCCCAGUACCCGGACGCCUUCGGCCACUACCGCGAGGCCACCUUCGCCCAGACCAAGCACCACUGGUGGUGGAAGCUGCACUUCGUGUGGGAGCGGGUGCGGGCCCUGCGGGACCACCCGGGCCUGGUGCUCUUCCUGGAGGAGGACCACUACCUGGCCCCCGACUUCUACCACGUGCUGCAGCGCCUCUGGGCCCUGCGCCAGCGCGACUGCCCCGAGUGCCAGGUGCUCUCGCUGGGCACCUACGCCCCGGUGCGCGGGCCCUUUGCGGGCCGGGCCGACAAGGUGGAGUUGAAGACCUGGAAGUCCACGGAGCACAACAUGGGCAUGGCCUUUGCCCGGGACACCUACCAGCAGCUGAUCGACUGCACCAAUGCCUUCUGCACCUACGACGACUAUAACUGGGACUGGACUCUGCAGCACUUGACUGUCAGCUGCCUGCCCCGGUUCUGGAAGGUGCUGGUUCCGGAGAUCCCCCGGGUCUUCCACACCGGCGACUGUGGCAUGCACCAUAAGAAAUCUUGCCAACCCUCUGUCCAGAGUGCCAAAAUCGACUCGCUCUUAAACAGCAACCAACAGUACCUGUUUCCUGAAACCAUGACUAUCAGCAAGAGGUACUCGGUGGCCCCCCUAAGUCCCCACGUGAAAAACGGGGGCUGGGGCGACAUUCGAGACCACGAACUCUGCAAAAGUUAUCGAAGAUUGCAAUGAGAGGCAAGAUCAAACCUCGCUCUUUCUUGGUUGGGCUAUAGACAGAAGCAUAAACAAAGAGGGAGAGAAAUGUGUUGAUUUGGUUUCUGCUUUAAUAUGAACUGUGGUUAUCACAAAAGUGGUCAGUUGGCAGUUAUGAUUUUGAGGCAGAAAGGUUCUGUGGAGGAAUGUUGAAAAGAAACUUAAAUACUACUUGUUUACUGGGAAAUUCACUGAAGAUUUUUAUCUAGGCCUUUUUAUAAGGUAUUCCCGAACUUUCAGUCAACCCCAAAUCCUUCUCUUCUUCUUCUUCUUCUUCUUCUUCUUCUUCUUCAACUGAGGGUGUCAAAAAAAUGGUCCUGGAUGAAGAGCAUUCAGAGAUGGCUGAGGUCCCCUUCUCCCCCGUCCAAUCCACUUCAUUUUUCAAAGUCCAGCCCUUGAUUGGCGUCCCACCCACCCCCAUCUAUCUUAACAAUGAGAACCUCCAAUCAUUCAGUAUUCCAUAAUCUUGUACAGGCUUGCUUGAAAUUUGUUACCUUAAUAUCUGCAAAAGCAUUCUAUUUUAUUUGCUAUGUGCUUACUAUAUGAAAGACUUGGAAAUCUGUUUCUUUUCACUUUAAUGUAGAAAUAUGCAACUUUUUUUAGUUCUGCCAAAAUAAAUAUUCAUGUUUUUGUAAUACAA